UCAGCCCCGGUGCUCAAGGGGAUAAGUUGGUGUGUGUUUGUGUCAGUAAACAAACAUUAAACUCGGUAUUUUAUCAAAGCUUUAGAUGCGACAGCUCACAAUGAAAGCCUGGAUUUAUCUAGGCCUACUUUUCCUGAGCUUACAUGGCGCCUCGGCAAUGACUCACUCUCUGAAGUAUUUCGUCACUGCCUCUUCUCAAGUCCCAAACUUCCCAGAGUUUGUGGCUGUUGGGUUUGUUGAUGAAGUUGAAGUGGUUCGUUGUGACAGUAACACCAGCAGAGCAGAACCCAAACAGGACUGGAUGAGCAGAGUCACAGAGGAUGAUCCUCAGUACUGGCAGAGGAACACUGAGCUCUUUCUGCGUUUCCAGCCGGUCUUCAAAUCCAACAUUGAAAUUGCAAAGCAGCGCUUCAACCAAACUGGAGGUGUCCACAUUUUCCAGGUGAUGUUUGGUUGUGAGUGGGACGAUGAGACUGGAAACAUCAAUGUUUUUAAUCAGUAUGGUUAUGAUGGAGAAGACUUCAUAUCAUUGGACCUGAAGACAGAGACAUGGAUCGCUCCUAAACCACAGGCUGUCAUCACCAAACACAAGUGGGACAAUGACAAAGCUCUGAUAGCAGAGAACAAACACUACCUCACUCAGUAUUAUCCUGACUGGCUGAAGAAGUAUGUGGACUAUGGGAGGAGCUCUCUGCUGAGAAAAGGUAGAGUCACAUGACCUGAUGUAGUUUCAUGAACAUAACAAUCUUCAUGUGUCUCCUCUGUUUCUAACCAACAGGAACAUCACAGUGAAUAUGAGCCAACAUAUACAGACACACAUUUUCUUUUUCUCUAAUGUUCUCACCUCUCUUCAUCUCUCUGCCUCCCUCUCUCUGAACUCUGUUUCCUGUCACUCUCUCCCACAGACUGAUCACCACUCUCUCUUUCUCUCUGCCAUGUUUC